AUUGAACAAGGAGCGGAAGAAUUCUGCGCAAGGAGGAGCACUUUUUUGAGAGCUAGCAAUCCACAUUUCGAUUGUUGAUUAAUCUGUCAUAGUUAGUGUUAUUUACAUUAUUAGUGAUGGCUCUCCCACCACAGCUAAAAGCCAUUCAACACUAUCUAAGAACUGCACAGGAACUUGAGAAGAGGGAUCCUGUCGUGGCUUACUACUGUCGGCUUUAUGCCAUGCAGACGGGAAUGAAACUGGACAGCAAAACCCCAGAAUGCCGGAAGUUUCUUGUGAAACUGAUGGACCAGUUAGAAACGAUGAAGAAGGAGCUGACUGACAAUGACUCAAUCACCCAUGAAGUUGUCGGCAAUGCACACAUCGAAAACUAUGCCUUAAAAAUGUUCCUCUAUGCUGACAACGAGGAUCGUUCAGGAAGAUUCCACAAGAAUAUGAUUAAGUCCUUCUACACAUCUAGCCUUUUGUUAGAUGUCCUGUCAGUUUUCGGCGAGUUAUCGGAGGAGAACAUCCAGCACAGGAAGUAUGCGAGAUGGAAGGCCACCUACAUCCACAACUGUCUGAAAAGUGGUGAAACCCCACAGGCUGGCCCUGCUGGCUAUGAAGAGGAAACAUAUGAUGAGGAAUAUGGUGCUGAGGGUGGAGGGGGACCCUCCUCUCAGUCUGCUCAGCCCCAGUCUCCACCCCAUUCCCAGCCCGGCUUCAGGGAUCCAAACCAGGUGCCUGGGUCCAUGGGGGGUCCCCCCUACCCCCAGGAACCGGGCUCCAUUGGGGGUCCCCCCUACCCACCCACCAACUACAACAAUAUCCACAUCCCCCCUGGAGCCCACUGCCCAGCCAACACACCUGCAGAGCUCCCUCCACCUGCAGCAGGAGAACCCAUUAAACCAGUGCCUGUUCCCCGAAGCAUUCCGGCGGUCGACCCCUCACUGCGGAGUGCCACUCAGGAAGGUGACGUGCGCCUCACACCAGAGGACUACACCAGGGCUCAGAAGUACUGCAAGUACGCCGGCAGCGCCCUGCAGUACGAAGACGUGGGCACGGCGGUGCAGAAUCUGCAGAAGGCCCUGAAGUUGCUUACCACUGGCAAAGAAUGAGACCCAUUGUCCCCCGGCGUCACUGUGUCACUAUAUCGCUGAUCUAGCCCAGAAGAAUUAAGAGACCAUUACCCUCUAAUCUACAGCAGCCCCAGCUGUAUCCGUCUGAAGAAAGCAAUUCUGUCCCAAGCAUUCAACAUCACUGUAAACAACAAGGACAUCUGUGUCUCCAUAUUGGACUCCUGUUGUGGAGCUUCCAACUUGGCUGUCCAUAACUAGUGAGUUGCUCACGAAAGACUUCCUGAGCCUGUAUGUUAAAACAGUGCAUUUAUCACCUGCUAAUAUACUCCUUAUAUUAGUUUACACAAACAACUUAUUGACUGUAGUUUUGAUAACACUUUUGUGUAACACACAUAUCCCCUUUGUAUGUAUGUUUUGGGAACAUACUUGGUUUGCUGUUCAAAAUCCUAAAGAAAUACACAUUUUCUCAUUUAAUUUUACAUACACUAAGUAGCCCAAUGCUUCAAGUAGAUAUAAUCCACUAUUUUCAGGCGACAUUGAUCUUUCCUUUACUGUGUUUUCAAUACAGUAUCUAUUUGUCUUCUUUUCUUGGGUGAAACGACUGUCAUUUCUGCAUCAACACAAUUUAAAUAAAAUGUGUAAAUUGA